AACUCUCGACAAGAGAGAGACUAUAUUUAUUGUACCGACUACGUCCCUUUCUGUGCAUCGCAUUAAAAAUUGGAUGUACACUGAUCACUCGAUAAUUAUGUUGAAAAUAAAAUAUAAUUAAUUCGAAUUUAGUUUGUUAGUAAUGCCAGGUUUAGAAGGAAGUAUUUCGCUCGAUACGAGUCCACCCACGCACGGCCUAAUGUCCGAUGGAAUCGCUUCUGAACAAGUAAAAAAAUUUCUCUUCCGAUCGCGAAAAAUACACGAGAGUGUACAGAACGACGAAAGUUUAGAAAUUUAUAUACCGGAGUUACUGCAAGCAAAUUACAGUUAUUACACUUGGCCCUCUGCACCAGUUCUUGCCUGGUUUUUGUGGGAGCAUAGAGAGGAGCUCAUCGGAAAGAGAGUUUUGGAAUUGGGUUCUGGUACUGCUCUUCCCGGUAUUUUGGCCAGUAAAUGCGGCGCUGUUGUAACUUUAAGCGACUCUGCUAAUUUGCCAAGAAGCUUGCAACACAUUAAAAGAAGCUGCGAAUUAAAUGGCAUUUUAUCUCAAGUUAGAAUAGUCGGAAUUACGUGGGGUUUAUUUCUCUCUAGUUUAUUUACCAUCGGUCCAUUAGAUUUAAUUCUUGGAUCUGACUGUUUUUAUGAACCUACGCUAUUUGAAGAUAUAGUUGUCACCGUAGCUUUUCUGUUAGAAAAGAAUCCAAAUGCAAAAUUUCUAUGUACUUAUCAAGAGCGUAGCGCCGACUGGUCUAUCGAACAUUUAUUAACUAAGUGGGGUCUUACAUGUAAUCAAAUAUCACUUUCUACUCUUGGAACAGAUUCGGAUAUUAAUAUACAUGAAUUGAUGCAAGAUCACACUAUCCACUUGCUAGAUAUACAAAAAGCUACUUGAGUUAUUUUUUAAUAUCAUGGGUAAUGUACGUAAAAUAUAUAAGAUAUUUGUUUUUAACUUGCCAUGGACUGUAAGUCAACAUGAACUUAAAGCGUAUUUUAAUAAAUAUGGGUAUACGUAUAAUGCGGUUGUAACUUUUAGCAAGA